AUGAGUCCGACGUCGAGCAGUCUCAAUAAUACUAGUCAUCACCUUGAUGAUUAUUAUCAUCCAAAUCAUCAUUCUUCUCUUAAUCAAAAUCAUCAUCAUCAUCAUAAUCCAUCUCAGUCAUGUUUCCUUGGUCUCCAUCUUAACCACUCACUAUCUGAAUCCAAUGCUACUCUGACCACCGAAUUACUCAGUUUCAAUCCAUCUUAUAAUUACGCAAAUGCGGUUUCACCCCUCUCAGACGUAAGCCAUCAUAACAGUCUUCACGCUAGACUACCAAUCACAACCAAUUCUCUCUCGGACUCGAGCCAUUCAGUUGCAUCUUUAUCUCCAUUGUCAUCUCAUUUCUCUUCAGAUCAGGGGACUCGCUUCAGUUCCCAAUCACCGCCAAUGCCUCAAACUCAUUUUCAACUUAGCUAUCAAUCAUCUACCCCUGUGGCUAUAAACCACGAACAAAAACAGAAUUCCGUCCUUCAGCUGGACCCAAAUUGGAACAGAAUCCAUCCAACCAAUUACAAAUCAACUAGACAUCAACAUAACCAUUCAGAACAAACCUCCGUUCAACCAUCAAAACCAUCAUAUUCAGAUGAAUCUUUAAAAUCUCUCACUUUGAUUGAUCAACACAAAACUCAAGAAGAUCAAAGAAAACAAUGGUCAAAACAUCAAAAUCAUGAAAAACUUGUUUUAGUUGAAGAAGACAUUCAUUCGAUCACUAAUCAAACUCAAAUCACUAACAAUUUAGUCUAUGCACGAGAUCAUGCUGAGAUCAUUGGACAUAGUCGAACGGUUUGUGGAAGGAAAUAUCGAGAAUAUCCAUGUCAAUUUUGCAACAAACUUUUUGCAAGACCUUCUACUUUACUUCAACAUAAUCGUGUUCAUACAGGAGAAAGACCGUAUAAAUGUGAAGUUGAAAACUGUAAACAAACCUUCAACAUCCUUUCUAAUGCUCGAAGGCAUACUAAGAGACAUUUAAGCUCGAUCGAAAGUUGUGGAAGUUUUGAUCAAGAAUGA